AUGAUUUCCUUUAACGGAGAUAAACUCCAAUGGACUGAAUUCUGGGACUCAUUCUCCAGUGCUGUACACGAAAACGACAAGCUGUCAUCAGUUGACAAGUUCAACUAUCUAAAUGGAAAGCUCUAUGGUGAAGCCCGAAGUGCUAUCGCUGGAUUGGCUAUGUCGAAUGAAAACUACGACAUUGCUAUCCAAAUUCUCAAGGAAAGAUUUGGAGAUCAGCAAGACAUUAUAGAUUUGCAUUAUAAGGGACUGAUGAAUGUUGCGUCCCCAAGGGAUACGACUGAAAGUUUGCGACUUUUCUACGACAAAAUACAAAAACACUUGAGAAGUUUGGUGGUUAUGCAUGAGAUUUUGGAGUAA